UUUUCCUUUUUAGACUGGGAGGAAGAUCAGCAGAGUCUUAAGCUGGAUGAAGUGAAGGAGGAACUUUGCGCAAUCACAACCUCAGAGGAAGCCGGCAAACAGCUGCACACCUGCUCACAGUGCGGGAAGGGGUUCAAAGACAAGGCGUACCUGAGCAUACACGCCCGAAUCCACACCGGAGAGAAGCCGCACUCCUGCCAUCAGUGCGGGAAGAGCUUCACCGUGGCGUCAAGUCUGAGUUAUCAUCUGCGCGUUCACUCCGGAGAAAAGCCGUUUGACUGCAGCGAGUGUGGCAAAAAGUUCAACUCGUCGUCAACUCUGAAAAACCACAUGAAAGGGCACUCAGGUGAGAAGCCUUAUGUGUGUGCGUCAUGCGGAAAGAGCUUCUCACGACUCAGCAACUGCAAACUGCAUCAGAAAACGCACAGCGAUGUGAGAGAACACGUGUGCUGCGAUUGUGGGAAGAGUUUUACUAGAGUCGCUCUGCUGAAGCAGCACCAAAGGAUUCACACUGGGGAAAGACCCUACAAGUGUUCACACUGCGAGAAGAGUUUCACUCAAUCCGGACACCUGAAAGUGCACGAGCGAGCGCACACCGGAGAGAAACCGUACCACUGUAUACCAUGCGGGAAGAGCUUUAAAGACGCAUCCGGUCUCCAUUAUCACAAACACACUCACUCCGGGGAAAAGCCCUUUAAUUGCGAGCACUGCGGUAAAAAGUUCAACUCCUCAUCGCAUCUGAAAUGCCACUUGAACUCUCACUCGGACGCGAGGCCUUAUGUGUGUUCAGUGUGUGAAAAGACGUUUUCCUGGCUGAACAGUUAUAAGCUGCACAUGAAGACGCAUAAUGAAGAGAGAGAGCAUGUGUGCUGCGAUUGUGGGAAGAGCUUCAUUAGAAUUAGCCUGUUGAAACUCCACCAAAGGGUUCACACUGGAGAAAAACCCUACAAGUGCUCGUGCUGCGACAAGAGUUUCGCUCAGUACGCAAACCUGAAAGUGCACAUGCGCGUUCACACCGGAGAAAUGCCCUAUCACUGCACUCAGUGCGGCGAGAGUUUCAGACAUUCAACAAGCCUUCAUAAACAUAAGAAGAAGUUUUUCCAUUGAGAGAAAAGCUUGGACAACGAGAAAUAUUUCAAGGAACGCUGUGCUUUUUGUGGAAAUAGGCUCAUUGUACAACUCCACUACAGUUAAACUGAUGAUUUAUACCAUUUUGUAAUCCAUUCAGCCGAUUUAUGUGUCUAUGGAGCACUUUUAGCUUAGCUUAGCAUAGAUACUUGAAUCAGAUUAGACCAUCAGCGUUUUGCUCAAUUAAAAAAAAAAGUAAUUCAAUAAUUUUUCUAUUUGAAGCUCGAGUCUUCUGUAGUUAGUCGUGUACUCGGACUGAUGGAAAAUGAAAAGUUGUUAUUUUCUAGGCGCAUUAAUAUUAGAAUUAUUCAGAAUAUGGCAGCAUUUAUUUUGUCAGUCUUAGUACACAACAAGUACAAAGGAGUCAAGCUUUAAAUAGACAAAUUAUCACGACACUUUAGUGAGCGAGAUUACUGACAAGUUUCUCCGUUUUUGAACCCCUUCAGAACAUUUCCAGGUCUGGCGGGAACAUUUUUAGCUUAGCUUAGCAUAGAUCAUUGAAUUGGAUUAGACCAUUAGCAUCUCACUCAAAAUCUUUCAAAAAUAUUUUCAUUAAUUUUCCUAUUUAAGGAUUAAAUCUGCUGUAGUUAAUCGUGUACUCAGACUGACGGAAAAUUAAAAGUUGCUAUUUUCAAUGAAACUAUAGAAGACUCGAGCUUUAAAUAGGAAAAUGAUCAAAACACUUUUGUGAGUGACAUCACUGACCAGUUUCACCAUUAUUUUAAUCCAUUCAGACUAUUUCCAGCUCUGGCGGGAACACUUUUAGCUUAGCUUAGCAUAGAUCAUUAAAUCAGAUUAGACCAUUACCAUCUCGCUGAAAAUGUUAAAAAAGCUUGACUUUUCCUUGGUUACAUCAUGUACUAAGUUUGACGAAAAAUGUUGAGAUGCUAUUUUGUAGGCGCAAUAAUAUUACACAGCACCUGAAAAUAGCUCUGAAUUGUCUAUUGUAAAUGUCAAGAUUUUACCCAGAAAUGGGUUGCAGAUGGAAGGGCAUCUGCUGCGCAAAACAUAUGCUGGAUAAGUUGGUAGUUUAUUCCACUGUGGCGAUCCCGGAUUAAUAAAGGGACUAAGCUGAAAACAAAAUGAAUGAACGAAAUGUCAAGAUUCUCAUGCACUGCAUUAAAUCAUUGUGCCUACUACAGCCGUGGUUCGACAACAAAGUUUCUUAAUUAUUAUGCAAGAAUGAGAGUAUAGUUCUUUUCUAUACUGGCCAAGAAAAUAGCAGCCUUUCAUGUUUUGUCAGUCUUAGUACACGAUGAAACUACAGUCAAGCUUUAAAUAGGAAAAUGAUCAAAACACUUUAGUGAGCGAGAUUACUGACCAGUUUCACCAUUAUUGAAUCUCUUCAGACCAUUUCCAGCUCUGGCGGGAACACUUUUAGCUUAGCCUAGCUUAGCAUAGCAUAGAUCAUUGCAUCGAGUUAGACCAUUAGCAUCUCACUGAAAGUUUUUUUAAAAAUAUCUUAGUUAAUUUUCCUAUUUAAGGAUUGACUCUGCUGUAGCUAAUCGUGUACUCAGACUGACGGAAAAUUAAAAGUUGCUAUUUUCUAGGCACAAUAAUAUUACGCAGCGCCUAAAAAUAGUUCUGAAUCGUCUUUCGCAAAUGUCAAGAUUUUCAUGCACUGCAUAUUAAAUCAUUGUGUCUGCUACAGUCGUGGUUCGACAACAAAGUUCCUGAUUAUUAUGCCAGAAUGAGAGUAUAGUUCCAAUCUAUCUCGAUCAAGAAAAUAGCAGCCUUUCAUGUUUUGUCAGUCUUAGUACACGAUGAAACUACAGUCAAGCUUUAAAUAGGAAAAUGAUCAAAACACUUUUGUGAGCGACAUCACUGACCAGUUUCACCAUUAUUUAUUCUUUCCAGACCAUUUCCAGUUCUAGCGGGAACGCUUUUAGCUUAGCAUAGAUCAUUGUAUUGGAUUAGACCAUUAGCAUCUCAAUGAAUUUUCAGAAAAGACUUCCUAUUUAAAGCUUGACUUGCUGUAGUUAAUCAUGUACUCGGACUGACAGAAAAUGAAAAGUCGCUAUUUUCUAGGUGCAAUAAUAUUGCGCAGUGCCUAAUUAUAGUUCUGAAUCAUCUCUUGCAGAUGUCAAUGUGCUGUAUAAUACUAUUGAGCCUUGAUUUUAUGCCAGAAUGAGAGUAUAGUUCUAAUAUGAGAGUAUAUUGUGUCAUUCUAAACUACAGAUUAGUCAAGCUUAAAAUUGUGAAUGGAUCAAAACGUGAUUCUUUUUUGCUAAUGGUCUAAUCCGAUUUAAUGAUCUAUGCUAAGCUAAAAGUGCUUCUGCUAGACCCAAAAACCAGCUGAAUGGAUUCAGGAAUUAUAAUGUUUAACUCUAGAGUUGUAAAAUGAGCCUGUUUCCUAUGAAAAGUGUAGUGUUCCUUUAAAAGUUGCUUUACACUACUAAAGUGUACUACUUUACACUCUUAAAGUGUAAAUGAAGUAUUUCAUGAAUUCUGCCUGGAUGGGUUGUGUGCUAUGUUAAAUUAAUUCACGUAAUUUUACUUUUUUUUACCAUUAGAAUAUGAUAUUGUUAUUUAUUAUAGACCUAUAUAGACUAACUACUGUAGGAAUUGUUGUACUAUUUUGUACAUUUUUGCUGCUUUGAUUACAUCUUUUGUUAACAUAUGUGACCCUGGACCACAAAACCAGUCAUAAGGGUGUUGUUUGUAUUAUUAUUAUUGAGAUUUAUGCAUAAUAUGAACGCUGAUUAUUCAUUCAACAACUGAUAUAAACUAUUUGUGCACCUGGAAUCUGAGGGUUCAGAAAAAUUUAAUUAAAUGUUUAGAAAAUCACCUUUAAAGUUGCUCAAAUUAAGUUGUUAAUGCAUAACAAUAAUCAGAAAUUAAGUUGUAUAUAUAAUAUACAACUCUUUGAAUUUUUUUUCCUUUUAAAUAUUUCCCAAAUGAUG